AUGAUUAAAGACAACAAACUACCCAUUGAUAAUAUUAAUUACGAAGUUAUAAAAAAAGUAAAUGUUGAUAAUAAACAUAAUGAAAUAUGUGAAUUAAAGGAUUACGCAAAUAGAACAACCAAAAUUUUGAAGAGUGAUACAUUAUCAGAAAAGUCAUCUUAUGGGAUAAAUGAUUUUUUAAAUAAUGAAAAGAUAAACGAAGAUUUGGAAAAUAAAGAUAUACCAAAAUAUAAUGAUACUGUAAGUAAAGAAUCUAUUAAUUAUGCAGAAGGAUUUGGUGUUACAUAUAAUGAAGUGAACCAACCGGAGUCAAGGAGUAGUGCAAGUUUCAACAUAGAUAUCAAUAAAGAUAUAAUAAAAUAUAUGAAUUCCAUAUGUAAAGACAGUAGUACUGAAAGGGUUGAACAGGUACAGGAAAACGAAGGGGAAGAUUAUUUAAAUGGUGCUUCGUAUAAAAAUAACUCAGACGUUUCAACUGCUUCUGCAGGUACUGGUAUUACGCGUAGAAUACUUAAGGAGGGUCAUAUGAAGGAAAUUAAUCAGAACAUCGGGAAGGAUAAUAAUGAUCAAAAUAAUCAUACAGAUGUCAAUGUUAGUAAUAAUCAAAGCGCUAAUAAUAUCAACAUAUUAAGUAGUUUCAGUAUCGAAGACAACAGUCAUCGCAGGAGUGAGAGAAACAACCAAAUGGAAAAGGAUCACCAGUCCGUGGAAAUUGAUAUGGUAAUUACUGAAAAAGACAAAUUUUUUGAUACUAGUAAUAACAGGCAAAAUCGUUCUCUAAAGGGUGAGGAUAAUUUUAAUAAGAACAAGGAUUUCACUGUGGAUUGUUCUGAUACAAAUAAUAAACACACACCUGAUGAUAUUAAGGAAGAUGUGGAAAAACAUAAUCCAAAUUUACUUGAAAAAACUAGCUUGUCAGAAAUCUUUAAAAAUUAUACAAAUUAUGCAAUAAUCAAUGCCUUGAGUAGUAACUUGAAUAGUGAAAAUUGUUCAGAGUUUUUUCUCACAAACAGUGAGGUGACAAAAAGGGAACAAGUUGUUGAGGAGAAGGUAGACAAAGUAAAGAAAGUUAACAAAUUGGAAAAAUUAGUCAAAGGGCAUGAAGUGGACCUAAAUAAAGAAAGGAACGAACCGAGCAAACUCAUCGAAUACACAUGUACUAAUGAUCACGGUGCAGGUGUAGAAGCAUCCAAACAGUUAAUUGUAGAGAAUAAAGACAAGGAGAAAAUUCUACAGUUACUUCAGGACAAUUUAGGAAAAAACAAGUUAAACAAUAUGAAUAAAAAUUUAUUAUUUCUGAAAAGAAUGCAACAAUAUUUUUAUCGAAAGUAUAUUAAUAUUAAAUUUCCAAAUGAUUCAAAUGACUAUUAUUACUUGUUAGAUUUAGAUUGGUUUAACAAUUUAAAAGAUUUUCUGUUCAAAAAUUCUGGUACCUACCCAGGUCCAAUUACAAAUUAUAAAUUGUAUAACACUAAUAAAUCAGAAAUACUUAAUGAUGUCUAUAUGGUAAAUAAAGAAAAUUUAAAAAGAAAUUUAAAAGAAGGGAAAGAUUAUAUAUGUACAAAUAAAUACAUGUGGAGAUUUUUACACUUCUUAUAUAGAGGAGGACCAUGUAUUAAAAGAAAUAGUAACAAUAUCUAUGAUCAAUUUGUACCUAUUUCGAAUAAGGACGUAAUGCAUAAAAAUAUUAUUUAUUUAAUGGAAUCUAAGUAUGUAGAAAAUUUAUUUUCACAUUUUAAUUACUCAAACGAAUCGAUUAUCCUUAGUAGUAAUAAUUCAAAAAAAAAUGCUCAGCAAUCUUCGGAAUUAUCCGAACAGUCCGAAUAUCCAAAAUCGUCCAAAUAUUCAUCCAACAGUAGUUGUAAUACACACUUAACUACAAAUAUGUGUAACAUAAAUAAAGAACAAUGUGCACACAGCUAUUAUGAUUUUUUACAAUUUUAUAACAUAAAAGAAAAAGAAAGUGGCCAUCCUUAUUUUGUCGAGUAUGAUCAAUCAAUAUCAAAAGUUAUGAAAAGGUUGAACGAAAUAAAAAAUAAAAAUCAUGAUGAUUGCACCUAUUCCUUUCAUUCAGACGAUGAUGAUGAUGUAUCAAAUGAAAGAUGCAUUAUGCAUAAUAUGAAUACCUCGAGUAAAACUAAUGAAAAAAAUGAAAGGAGCAUGGAAAACAUUCCUUUAAAAAAGGAAGAUGAAGAGGAAGAGGAAAAGGAAGAAUCAACAGAACGGAAUAGUAAUUUUGAAAAUACUUUUAUGACUACUGACAAGAAUAAUUCUGGGGAUAACAACUUGGCUGAUGACCUUUGUAGCUCCUUGAACAAUAAUAUAACAAAUGGAACGAGUAUGAAUGUGGGCAAUAAAAAGGAAUAUCAAAACGGAAGUAGUAGCAAGAUUGGUAAGAAAAGCAAUGAUAACAAAAAAGAUGGAAGUAAUAGCAACAACAAAAAUGACAAAAGGAAAGGUAGUAAUAGUAAUAACAGACAUAACCAUAAUAACAACAGUAACAAUAAUAAUAAUAAUAAUAAUAAUAAUAAUAAUAAUAAUAAUAAUAAUAAUAAUAAUAAUAAUAAUAAUAAUAAUAAUAAUAAUAAUAAUAAUAAUAAUAAUAAUAAUAAUAAUAAUAAUAAUAAUAAUAAUAAUAAUAAUAAUAAUAAUAAUAAUAAUAAUAAUAAUAAUAAUAAUAAUAAUAAUAAUAAUAAUAAUAAUAAUAAUAAUAAUAAUAAUAAUAAUAAUAAUAAUAAUAAUAAUAAUAAUAAUAAUAAUAAUAAUAAUAAUAAUAAUAAUAAUAAUAAUAAUAAUAAUAAUAAUAAUAAUAAUAACAAGAACAAUAAUAAUAACAAUAACAAUAACAAUAACAACAAAAAAGAGGAUGGAAAUAAAAGGAAUAAUGAAAGCGAUGAUGGUCAAAAUAAGGACACAGAAAAAGAACAAAAUGAACACGAAACAAAAGAAAAUAAGGAAAAAAAAAAAUCAGGUGGUGAUGAAAGCAUUAACAAGAAAAGUAAUAAUGAGAAAGAAAAUGAAAAUAACAACAUAAAAAGAGAGUGCUCUGUUAAUACCAAUGUUUCUUAUUUCGGUCCAAAGGCGCAAAUUAGUGCCCCCCAAAUGAUACUUAGUAAGUAUAGUGUCAAAAAAAAAAAUAUUGAAAAAAAUGAUACAAGUAAAACUUAUUUGAUCCCACUUCCCAAAAAAAAUUCUGUAGGUUGUCAUUCAUCUAAUGGAAAUGAAGUUUAUAAAUCUUGCGAAGAGUACAACAAUGAUAAUGCGUGCACUUCUAGCAAUGGUUACUUAACUACAACAGAAACGGAAUCUAAAGGAACCACAGAAAAUACUACUAAAAGCUCUUUUGACGAAGGGGAAAAAAAAAAGAAGUAUUAUGAUAUACAAGAUAAUACUGACGCAGGAAAGGAGAAAAAUAGUAAAAAAAAGAAUUCUGGUAAGAAGGAAAAUAGCAAUAGUAGUAGGAGCAGUUGUAGUAGCAGCAGCAGUAUUAGCAAUAAAAGUACAGGUAGUAACAGCAGUGACCGUUCCAAUGCUUCAAAAAAAAAAGGGACUCAUGAAAAUAAUGAAGAAGGAAAAAAAAAAAAAAAAAAGAAGAAUUCUUUGAGUAUUAGUACUAUAAGUAAAGAGGAGAAAAAGAAAGAUCUCAUUGUAAAGAAAAAGUCAGAUGAUGUGAGUAGUAAGAAAGAUAAGUCACAAAUUAGUAGUAACAGAAUGAGUACGAAUAAUGUAACGUUAAAAAAGAAAAGUAAUAAUUCCAGUAAUAGCAGUGACGCUAAUUAUAGUAGUAAUAGUAGUAGCUGUCAAAGUAGUAGCAAUAAUAGCAGCAAUUUUAGUAUACGUAAUCAAACAAUUUCUAAUCUUCAUAAAUUUAAUGAUAAAGCACAUUUGAAAAAUAUGAUGUCACCAAAUAACUCCAAAAAAGAAGCGGAAUUAUAUAAUAAUAAUCUUAGCGCAAUUAUGUCAAAAGAACAACCAGCUGGUAUUAUAAAUUAUUCUACCACAUGUUAUAUUAAUGUAGUUAUGCAAUGUUUAUCAGUUUUCUUUAAAUUAAUAUAUACAUUACAUAAUUAUGUAACAGUGAAAUAUAAAAAUGUGAACUUUUCAAGUGAUGAUACAGAUAAUAUGAAUUCUUCCUUUAUCAAUAAAAAUUUUUUUACAAAUAGUAUACCUUUUAAUUUAUUUGGAAAUAAUAAUAAUAAAAAAAAGGAUGAAUGUUUGCUCUUAACCUUUUCAUAUAAGUUAUUCCAGUUAAGUAAAAUGCACAAUAAAGGAAAAGUAUUAUGUGUUAAUAAAUUAUUAAAUUUGUUAAAUGACAAAUAUUCCUAUUUAUUUGAAUAUAAUGAACAACAAGAUUGUCAUGAGUUUCUUCUCUUAAUGUUUGACUUUAUUCAUAAUAUGAUGAAAGUAGUUGAUGAAAAUGUAGACAAGAGUAAUCAGAUUGAUUACUAUUUGAAAAAAGAGCAAUCCAUUAUAUCAGAUCUAUUUUUAGGUUUAAUAGAAGAAAAAAUUACUUGCUCCCAAUGUGAAUAUGUUAAUUAUAUAUACCAGCCAGUUUAUAACUUAAGUGUAAACGUUUUUAAAAAAAAUCCAGAAAAUAAUUUAAAUGAUAAUUUGAUAGAAUAUUUCAAAAAAGAAGAAGUUAAUUCGACAUGUGAAAAAUGCAAAUGCAAGAAAAUGUACAAACAAUCUUGCGUUUAUAAACAACCAAAUAUUUUAAUUAUACAUAUGAUUCGGUUAUUAGAAGACGGCUCAAAAAUAGAUAAACCUAUCAAGUUUGAUCUGAACGAUUUUACUGUUCAAAAUGUAUUAAAAAAAACUAAUGGACAAUAUAUAGAAACUCCAAAGAAAUAUAACUUGAGUGGCGUUGUAGUUCAUAGAGGAUUAAAUUCCAAUUGUGGUCAUUACAUUUGCUAUACCAAGAGAAGGCACUCCAAUGGAGCUACCGUGUGGUACAAAUUUGAUGAUAGUACAGUAACAGCUGUAGAUAUUGCAGAAGUGGAAUCGGCCAAAGCUUAUUGCCUCUUUUAUGAAAGUCAAUAA